CCCACCAUCUUACCAAAGCCCAUCACUGUCUGAGCAAACCCUAGAACUCUCUCUCUGCAACUCCAUUGCAUAAUUUAAUGGCGGAUUUUGAACCCUAAGUCGUUUUCUAAUUGUUGAACGCCUGAUAUUUGUUUCUGACAAUUUCAUCGGAAAACUCCCAUUUCACACCUUUUUCCGGCAGUAAUGAUCGCAUGCUCUUUUUCGGUUGUUAUUAGGGUUUAGUGCCUUUAAUUGUUGUUUUCAAGGCUUGCGAUCAGUGGAAUUGGGGUUUGGUCUGCGCUAACUCGCGCUUUAACUUAUUUCCUAUUUUCUUGAAGCGUUUUUACUGAGCUAUUUGCUGGUUCGAUCAGUUACAGUGUGAUUUAGUGGUUCAGUGUUUUGGAGUUUCUAGGGUUUUUAAUCCAUGCAAUGUAACUACUUUUGCUCAUUGUUUUGAGCUAUUUCUUCUGAAUUUCUACAGUGUGUGGUUACAGUUCUUGUACAAAUGUUGCCAACUUGAAAUAUAGGGCUAGUACUGCUCGAUGUUGGUAAUGGUGGUUCCAUGUCCAGUGUUUUCUGCUAAAUUUCCUCUAUUUUGUAUAUAGUUUCAGUGCUUAUCAGUAAAAGCACUGGUGCAAAGUAUUAAUACUGGUCGAUGAUGGUGAUGGCGGCCAGAUUUCUGGGAUUUCUUAGGGUUUUAGUGAUUCUAUGCUUCCUGGUACAUGGAAAUGGCGAAAUUUACAUAGUCACAGUCCAAGGGGAACCUGUUGUGACCUAUCAAGGAGGCAUUGAUGGGUUUUCUGCAACGGCCAUUGAUUCUUCUUCAGGAGUCAAGAUGGAUACAACCAGUGAACAUGUCGUAUCCUAUUCCCAACACCUUGAAAAACAACAUGACACUCUUCUAAACUCGCUUUUUGAGAAGGGAUCCUAUGAGAAGAUUUACAGCUAUCGUCAUCUUAUCAACGGCUUCUCUGUUCAUUUAUCACCAGCGCAGGCAGAAGCACUUAAUAAAGAUCCUAAAGUGAAACGGGUGGAGAAGGACUGGAAGGUCCAGAGGUUAACAACUCAUACACCACAGUUUUUGGGUCUCCCAACUGGAGUUUGGCCAACUGGGGGUGGUAGUGAGAGAGCUGGUGAAGAUGUUGUGAUCGGAUUGAUUGACUCGGGCAUAUAUCCAGAACACCCAAGCUUUGCGAGCUACAAUUCUCCGUCAUAUGGGCCUCUUCCAAGUUAUAGGGGAAAGUGUGAGAUUGAUCCGGCCACCAAGAGGGACUUUUGCAAUGGGAAGAUUGUUGGGGCCCAGCAUUUUGCGAAAGCCGCAAUUGCUGCUGGAUCAUUCAAUCCUGCAAUUGAUUUUGCAUCUCCUUUGGAUGGUGAUGGCCACGGAAGUCACACAGCAGCGAUCGCUGCCGGAAAUAAUGGGAUUCCUGUGAGAAUGCAUGGUUAUGAGUUUGGUAGAGCAAGUGGGAUGGCUCCUCGUGCUAGGAUUGCUGUAUACAAGGCCAUUUACAGACUUUUUGGCGGAUUUGUUGCAGAUGUGGUCGCCGCUAUUGAUCAGGCUGUUCAGGAUGGUGUGGACAUUCUUAAUCUCUCAGUUGGCCCAAACAAUCCACCAGCCACUACAAAGACAACAUUUCUGAACCCUUUUGAUCUGGCGCUUCUUGGGGCUGUAAAAGCUGGAGUCUUUGUUGCCCAGGCAGCUGGAAAUGGAGGUCCAUUCCCAAAAAGCAUGGUGUCUUUCAGUCCAUGGAUAACAUCAGUAGCUGCUGCAGUUGAUGAUCGCAGUUACAGAAAUCAUAUGACUCUCGGCAAUGGCAAACUGCUUCCAGGGAUUGGCCUGGCUCCUGCGACACACAGCAAUCAAACAUACAAACUUGUUGCAGCAAAUGAUGCCAUGUUGAACACUUCAGAUAUAUUAUUGAGCCCUUCAGAUUGUCAGAGAUCUGAAGAUUUGGACAAGAGUUUGGUGGAAGGAAAUAUCCUUGUUUGUGGGUAUUCAUUCAAUUUCAUAUUGGGAGGAGCAUCAAUUAGAAAAGUAUCACAAACUGCCAAGAAUCUGAGUGCUGCUGGUUUUGUUCUUGCGGUAGAGAAUGUCUCUCCAGGAACCAAAUUCGAUCCAGUUCCUGUUGGUAUGCCAGGAAUUCUCAUCACAGAUGUUACAAAAUCAAGGGACCUCAUAGAGUAUUACAACAGUACUACCAUAAGAGAUAAAUCUGGUCGAGUGACCAGUUUUAGAGGAACAGCUAUUAUAGCAGGUGGCUUGACUCCUGUUUUCCAUAAAUCGGCGCCCCAGGUUGCUAUUUUUUCUUCAAGGGGUCCGGAUGUGAAGGAUUUCAGCUUUCAGGAUGCUGAUGUUUUGAAACCGGACAUAUUGGCACCGGGUUCACUCAUUUGGGCAGCAUGGACCCCGAAUGGCACUGAUGAAGUGAACUACAUGGGGGAAGGGUUUGCAAUGAUAUCGGGAACUAGCAUGGCAGCACCUCAUAUUUCAGGCAUUGCUGCCCUGAUAAAGCAGAAGCAUCGCGAUUGGAGCCCUGCUGCCAUAAAGUCAGCCUUGAUGACCACGGCCACCACUGUUGAUCGUGCUGGCCGACCCCUUAGGGCCCAACAGUACACUGGCCUCCAGGUCCAAACCCUUGUUCCUGCCACUCCAUUUGACUAUGGAAGUGGAGCUGUACACCCAAGAGCUGCUCUUGAUCCUGGCCUUGUCUUUGAAUCAGCAUAUGAAGACCACAUAAAAUUCCUCUGUUCUGUGCCUGGGAUCAACCAGCAAGAGGUUAAGAACUUCACAGGCUCAAACUGCAACCCACAUAGCGGUUACCCAACUGAUCUGAACACGCCAUCCAUUGUCAUUUCAAACCUAGCAGGGACCCGAACUGUGGUUAGGAGUGUGAUGAAUGUAGCAGAAACAGAGAGUUACAGCACAACCACCUAUAUUGCUCCUGAAGCUUCACUGAUGGUGAGCCCUCCUGCAAUGACGCUCGAGGCUGGGGCAACCAGGAAUUUCACUGUGACUGUUAGUGUGAGAUCGGUGACAGGGACUUACUGCUUUGGUGAGGUUCUACUCAAAGGAGACAGGGGACACAUGGUGAGGAUCCCUGUUGCUGUUUUGGGUGUCAGUACUUAGGUUUGAAUGCUCUCUCUCUCUCUAACCCAAAAGCGCUGCUUUGGUGAGGUUCUACUUGAAAGAGAGAGGGGACACAGGGUGAGGAUCCCUGUUUUCAGUGUCCGUGACUCGGUCUCUCCCUCUCCAAUUCAAAAACAAAAUGCUCCCCAUCACCAACCAAAACAUUUCAUUCUCUUUCUCUCAGGACUUGACACUCAAAAUCACCUUGGCCGUUUACAGGCCUCUUCAUUAACCUUUAGCUCUUUCUCUCUCUCUCGCUCUCUCUCCGUUUUGUUUUACCAUAUGAGUUUUGUGAUUAUAUCAUGUAUUCUUUGUAAUCUGACGGAAUAAGCUAUGAGUGAUGUAAUUUAUAUAAAUAUUAGAGGGGGACUGUUGUGCGCUGCUUCAGGAGAGAACACAACCUGUUUCUUCUCAAUAAAGCUUUUUACUGUAAUUGUGUAUGGAAAUCAGAAUGCAAUACUACGACAAAUUUUGUCUUUCUGGAUUC